AUGGACCUGUACCAGUAUUACAUCUACGAAAAUGCCGAUCAACGAACGAAAAACUGGUUUCUGGCGGGGUCACCGUUGCCAAUCAUUGGCAUCAUUGUCUGCUAUCUUGCAUUGGUGUACUACAUAGUUCCUAGGUACAUGCGAAAUCGGGAGGCUUACCAGCUGAAGACUUUCAUGGGAUUUUACAACCUGUUCCAGGUGGUGUACUGUGUGUUCCUCAUUACAAAUCUAGUAAAGGCCGGAUGGAGACCGUACUUUUUCUACCGGUGCGUCGAAACCGACUACUCGAACGAACCCCGGGCGAUGCUAAUGGUCGAAACAACGUGGUACCUGCUGAUGAUCAAGCUGUUCGAGCUGCUCGAGACGGUUCUGUUUGUGCUGCGCAAGAAACAGAACCAGGUGUCGGUGCUGCACGUGUACCAUCACAUAAGCACCUUUGUGAUAGCGUACAUCUACACCAAAUAUAUUGGAGGAAGCAUGCUAACGUUCUCGAUCGUGGCGAACUGUGUCGUCCACAUCAUCAUGUACUCGUACUACUUCAUGUCCGCGUACGAUGUGCCUCUGUUCAAAUUCCUCGUGGCAAAGUACAAAAAAUACAUCACCAAAAUUCAACUGAUCCAGUUCUGUCUGAUGAUGGCGAACAAUCUGUUCGGGCUCAACCCGCACUGUAACGUGUCCCGACCGUUUUUGGCAAUGUACAUACCGAACAUCUUCAUCCUGAUGUAUCUGUUCUACGAUUUCUACAAGAAAUCGUACAGCAAAUCCAAACCCGGCAAAGUGAAGCAAUGA